AUGGGUAACCUCCGCGAGAUGCACGACCAGGAGAACACGGGGCUCUUCGCACGCUGGGAAGCAGCAUAUGGCAGCACCUUCGUCUAUCACGGCUUCAUUGGUGGAGCGCGGCUCUUAACAACCGACCCCGUUGCGGUGGCGCAUAUUCUCGGACAUGGAUACGACUUCCCGAAGCCGGAAUUCAUCAGAGAUGCACUGGCAAGCAUGGCAGCAGGACACGAAGGACUGUUGGUCGUCGAGGGAGAAAAGCAUAGGAAGCAGGUGCGUGUU